AUGGCGGCAGAGACUUUGCAGGCUGCGAGGUGGCAGUACUGUGGGGAGCCUGAUGAGAGCCAGAAAGCUGUAUUGGUGCAGUUCUCCAACGGGAAGCUGCAGAACCCAGGCAACAUGCGCUUUACCUUGUACAAGAAUAAAGACUCCACCAACCCCAGGAAGAAGAAUCAUCGGAUCGUGGCAGCUGAAACAGACAGACUUUCCUAUGUGGGGAACAAUUUUGGGACUGGAGCCCUCAAAUGCAACACUUUGUGCAGGCACUUUGUGGGAGUUUUGAACAAGACCUCUGGCCAAAUGGAAGUAUAUGAUGCCGAAUUGUUCAAUAUGCAGCCACUAUUUUCAGAUGAAUCCAUUGACAUUGAACUGCCAUCACAGAGUCAAGCCAAAACUUACAGAGAAAAGAGAAGAAUGAACAAAGUUGGCAAUGAGUCUUUGAAUCUUGCAGUGACUAAAGCUGCCGAGAAUAUCAUUGAUACAAAGGGGGUGACCGCUCUGGUCAACGAUGCCAUCCACGAUGACUUGCAAGAUGAUUCCCUCUACCUUCCUCCCUGCUAUGCUGAUGCAGCCAAGCUUGAAGACGUGUAUAAAUUUGAAGAUCUUCUUUCCCCCGUGGAGUAUGAAGCUCUUAAAAACCCAUCUGAAGCUUUUAGAAAUGUCACAUCAGAGGAAAUUCUGAAUAUGAUUAAAGAGAACAGCCACUGCUCCUUUGUCACUAAAGCACUGAAAUCCUUGCCGUCAGAUGUGGAGAGCCGAGACCACCAGGCCCGAUGCAUCUGGUUCCUGGACACACUUAUCAGAUUUCGAGCUCAAAAAGUGAUUAAGCGGAAAAGUGCCUUGGGACCUGGAAUUCCGCAUAUCAUCAACAUGAAACUCCUGAAGCAUUUCACCUGCUUAACUUACAACAAUGGCAGCUUACGAAACUUAAUAUCGGAUUCAAUGAAGGCAAAGAUUACAGCAUAUGCGAUCAUACUUGCCUUGCAUAUAAGUAAUUUCCAGGUUGACCUGACGAUGUUACAAAGGGACCUGAAACUCAGUGAGAAAAGGAUAAUUGAGAUAGCAAAAGCUCUACGGCUGAAGAUCUCGAAAAUAAGGGUGUCUGCAGCAGAUGGCGGCGACGAGGAUCACAGACUGGGCACCCUGUCCAUCCCGCUGCCGCCAGCACAGACUUCGGAACACCAGUCAAAGAGGAGAAGAGUCAAGUAG